AUGGUUAUGAUGAUGUUUACAUGUACAGUUUGUUAAACUAAAGCAGCGAAAAAAUUUACACAUAGAUCUUAUACUUAAGGUGUGGUUUUAAUAAGAUGUGAAGGUUGUGAUAAUUUACAUCUUGUGGCUGAUAAUUUAGGGUGGUUUGAAGAUGAAUAGACUAAUGUGGAAGAUAUAUUAAAAAGUAAAGGAAAAAAAAUUAAAAAUACACUAAUUUUAUGA